UCCUUUCUGCCCAUUCUUCCCUCCUUACCCACUUUAAGCCUUUCCUCAUUUCUGAACCUGUCCAUUCUUUUUAAUUCUAUUAAGACCCUUUUCAGCACUUCACUCUUUUAAUCUAUAUAUUAUCUCCUCUCUUCUCAAUAUAGUCCAAUUCCUUUUUAUUUUUCAAAAUAAAAAUGUGGGCUCUAUGUCUUGGAGCAUUGGUUAUUAUAGUUAUAACACAUUGGGUUUAUAGAUGGAGAAAUCCUAGUUGCAAUGGAAAACUCCCACCAGGUUCAAUGGGUUUCCCCCUUCUGGGUGAGACCCUUCAGUUUUUCUUCCCCAAUACUUCUUCUGAUAUUCCUCCUUUCAUCAAGCAGAGAAUGAAAAGGUAUGGACCAAUCUUCAAGACCAACUUGGUUGGACGACCAGUUGUGGUAUCAACAGACCCUGAUCUUAAUUACUUCAUCUUCCAACAAGAGGGGCAAGUGUUCCAAAGCUGGUAUCCAGAAACAUUCACUGAGAUCUUUGGACGACAAAAUGUAGGCUCCUUACAUGGGUUUAUGUACAAGUACCUUAAGAACAUGGUGCAAUUGUUUGGUCCUGAAAGCCUCAAAAGGAUGAUCUCAGAAGUUGAACAAACAACGUACAGAACAUUACAGCAGUUGUCAUGCGAGGACAGUGUUGAAUUGAAGGAAGCAACAGCAAGAAUGAUAUUUGAUUUAACAGCGAAAAAACUCAUAAGUUAUGAUUCGUCCAAGUCCUCGGAUAAUUUGAGAGACAACUUCGUUGCAUUUAUACAAGGACUCAUAUCCUUCCCUCUGGACGUUCCAGGAACUGCUUAUCACAAAUGUCUGCAGGGUAGGAAAAGGGCAAUGAAUAUGCUGAAGAACAUGCUGCAAGAAAGACGGGGAAUGCAUAAGAAAGAGCAAACAGAUUUCUUUGACUAUGUUAUUGAAGAACUAAAGAAAGAGGGAACAAUCCUCACUGAAGCGAUCGCUCUGGACCUCAUGUUUGUGCUCCUCUUUGCAAGCUUUGAAACCACUUCUCUCGCUAUUACUUAUGCUAUUAAAUUACUCUCGGACCAUCCCUUAGUGCUCAAGCAAUUACAAGAAGAACAUGAAGCCAUCAUCAAACGACGUGAAGAUCCUAACUCCGGAGUCACGUGGAAAGAAUACAAAUCAAUGACAUUUACAUUUCAGGUCAUAAAUGAAACCGUGAGACUCGCAAAUAUAGUUCCAGGAAUCUUCCGGAAGGCACUGAGGGAAAUUAAUUUUAAGGGAUAUACCAUACCAAAAGGUUGGGCAGUUAUGGUGUGUCCCCCGGCUGUACACUUAAAUCCAGCAAAAUAUUACGAUCCCCUUGCUUUCAACCCCUCGAGAUGGGAGGGAGUGGAACAAAGUGGUGCGAGCAAACAUUUCAUGGCUUUCGGCGGAGGCAUGAGAUUUUGUGUUGGAACGGACUUUACUAAGGUUCAAAUGGCUAUUUUUCUCCAUAGCUUGGUAACAAAAUACCGGUGGCGACCCGUCAAAGGAGGAAACAUCGUUCGAACUCCUGGUUUACAAUUUCCAAAUGGAUUUUACGUCCAGAUCAUGGAGAAAGAUCAGAGGGAGUAGGACCCAAAAUAUAUCAUUAAAAAUUAGAAACCAAAGCUUUACAAAAAAGACUCAUGAUAGAAAUUUAGGCUUGACAUCUUCCCAAUCCUUGGCGUUUUAAGAAACACAAGGCAACACAAUUGUUAUGGAAGCCAGAAAAGUAACCAUAACAGUCUCUUACUCAGUUUUGAUUAGGUCUCUUAAAAGUUGUGCUUUUAUUAGAUUUUCUUCUCAACAUACUCUAAAGGAUGAAGGUUUUGGAAAACAUGGGUUAAAACCAAAACAUGACGUGCCUUUGCAAAAAGUAAGUGACGGAUGCCGGAUGGGAAGGGAAGUUGUAUUUUGUAACAAGUACUGUAAAUGUUUCUUCCGAGUUGAUAUACAAUUUGGUCAUCAAUAGUGGCAAUCUUUGUUCCCAUCUUUAAGGAUUUCUUUGAUAAACCUUAGUCCUUGGAGGAUAAAAUUGUUUAUAAGUUGACACACCAAGGUAUACUUGUUAGCAAGCUUGACAUGUGACAUACCAAAGCAACACCAAAUUAGCUAUUUCCUUUCUAUAAAAAUAUA